UCAACAUAUUUAUUGAGCAUCUGCUGUGCGCAGGCACCACUGUUACAUGUGCUGAAGCAGUGGACGAGACAGACAGCGUCUCUGCCAUAGAGCUCUCAUUACUGGGAGGGACAGGCCACACGUACACAUGUUCCAGGUAAUGAUGUGCGCUAAGGAGGAACAUUAAGCAAGGGAAGGGAAGAUAGCACAGGCGGAGGAUGGGAGGAGAUGCGACGCUGAGCCCCACGCCCUCACUGAUCUGAUGAGGGAUGCCGGCUGGCUCAUCCCUGCAGCAUCCCUCAGCGUGUGCCUUGGCAAACUCCUUGGUUUGUUUACUGUGCAUCCACCUGGCUUUGCUCUGGGGACACCCAGCUAAGGGCACACUCUAAGCUUCGUACUGAUGCAUUCAUUACCUGGUCACCACCUGCCUUUUCACACUCAUUUCUGUGCGUGCGCUGCCCCUUGUCUCUGGAACUCCCUCCCUGCCCUGCCCUAUGUCACUGGGCCGGAUUCUGCUCCUUGGUGGAAAGACUGGCAGGUGCUGCCUCCUCCAUGAACCUCUCACCCUUUCUGGCAGACUCAGGACUCACCAACCCUCCCCUCCAGGCCCCGCAGCUGGCAGGGACUGAUUGCUCCCUGUCCCCUGCAGGCCAUGAGCUCCUAGAAGGCAGGGCUGUCUCAGGGUCGAUGCUCCCCAGCUUCCCAGUUGGUUCUCAAUAAAUCCUUGUCUACUGAGUGUGUCUCCUCCAGAACGUCGGCUCCGUGAGGGUGGUCUUUCAUGGGGGAAUCCUCGGUGCCUAGAACAGAGCCUGGCAGACGAUCCAGCGUUGGGUAAAUGAGUGUUGGCCACAUGAACAAAUGAAUUGACAAAAAAGAAGGCAAGGCAAGGUCAGCAGGUUGACCCUCCCUGUCCAGCCUCCCCUGCCCCCACCUAGCCAGGACUCUCUGGUGGUCAGAAGCAGCUACGUAAUUUGCUGGAUCCACUGCAAAGUGAAAAUGUGGGUCCCUUUGUUCCAAAGGUAAGAAUUUCAGGAUGGCAACAGCAGCGGGUUAAACCAAGGGGGAGAGGGUGCCUCCUGAGCAGCGCCCGUGUUCCUGCACGGGUGGCUUGCCCAUUCGGCAGGCCUGCCGUCUCUGAGGCUCUUGUCCACAGGUCCUCCCCAGCGCCCUGCUGCCCGCCGAACCUUCGGCCAGCUUGCCCUUAGGGCGCGUUUUAGAAGAAACCUCCGGGGAGACCUCAUCGUGGUGGCAUUUGUGCGGGGCACAGUGGCAGACACUUUGGGCAGGAUGGACCGCUAAGGGAGGUGCUCCACGCCGGCAGUUCCAGGGAGGACGCUGGGCACCCCAACCCCCAGCUCAGCUGGGUUCAGAAGCAGCUCUCCUUUCCCUGGUGGAGGGAGAGCAAUGAUCUCUUUUCUUGGGAAGUGCCUCCUGCCUUGAACGCAUCUGAGCAUCUCUAGGCAGACACACAGGUACACUAGACGGACAGAGACGCAAAAAGACACAGGCACCUCUAUUCAUAGAUCUAGGGACAAGCACUGGACGCACUUCACCCGCGCCCCUCACCAACCAGACAAACCCGAAGACAGACGGUCAGAGACCUGAGCAGAGAAAACACGGCAGAAACACGCAGGGACGAGGAGGGCGGGCAGGCAGACUCGCGCCCACGGACCCUUACGGGUUCACCUGACCUCGGCGAUGCACAGCAGCCCGCGCCGGUGCCCGCCCCUGCGAGCCCCACGCGCCCAUGCCCUCGGGCUGACUCAGAGCGACUGCUCGUCCUCACUCCCACCUUGGGAGCUCGCCAGAGGCACCUGCCGCCAGCCAGGGCUUCUGGGGCGCCCGGGCGGGGCGGGGUCAGCGGGCGGCAGCGCGAGGGGACAGGGCUGCUGAAGCUGGCGGGGUCCGGGGCGCACGGCAGGGAGAGCGAGGGGACGGGCGGACAUCGGGCAGGGCUGGCCGGGGCCCCAGGCGCCAGUGCCCUCGGCACUGCGGAGUUAAGGGGAGUGGGCAGUGCGCACCGGGGAGCCGAGGAAGCCGGGCCAGCCCGGGCUAGCGGGUGGGGACCCUGCGCGAGGGCAGUAGGGGAGAGGGCGGGCUUCGGGGUGUGAUCAGGAGAGGGGUGCUGAUUGGCAGGGAGCAUCAGGCCUGGGGCAGCGGCCAGGGACCGCAGGCGGGGCCAGGGCUGCAGCCGCUCCCGGGACUAGACGUGCGGGCGGCUCAGUGAUGCCGGAGGGCCAGGGCGCGCCCGCCUCUCCCCCGGCGGCUCCGAGCGCCCCGGACAGGGGGUGGUCGGGGCCCGCGGUCGGCCCGGCGCCCCGGCGCUCAGCUCUGGCGCCCUCCGAGUCCCCCGUGUCCCCGGCCCCUCGGCGGGGCGCCGUCUGCGCCGGCGUCCCCCAGAAGCUGGCCGAGGCGCUGAGCAGCCAGUACGGGCUGAACGUGUUCGUGGCGGGGCUGCUGCUCCUCCUGGCCUGGGCCGUGCACGCCUCGGGCGUGGGCAAGGGCGGCCUGCUCUGCUUCCUCACCGCGCUCAUGCUGCUGCAGCUGCUCUGGAUGCUGUGGUACGUGGGCCGCGGCGCCGCGCGCCGCCGCCUCCCCCGCCUCAAGGACACGCACGCAGGCGCGCGCUGGCUCCGCGGGAGUAUCACGUUGUUUGCAGUCAUUACCAUCAUUCUGGGAUGCCUUAAAAUUGGGUACUUCGUUGGAUUUUCAGAAUGUUUAUCAGCCACUGAAGGAGUUUUUCCUGUUACACAUGCGGUACAUACUUUAUUGCAGGUCUGUUUUCUUUGGGGGCAUGCAAAGGAUAUCAUCCAGUCUUUCAAAACACUGGAAAGGUUUGGGGUGAUCCACUCGGUGUUCACCAACCUGCUUCUGUGGGCCAACAGUGUCCUGAAUGAGUCAAAGCACCAACUUAACGAGCAUAAGGAACGACUCAUCACCCUGGGCUUUGGGAACAUAACCGCAGUGUUAGAUGACCACACACCUCCGUGUAAUUGCACCCCCCCGACUCUCUGCUCUGCCAUCUCACACGGGAUCUACUACCUCUACCCUUUCAACAUAGAGUAUCAGAUCCUGGCUUCCACGAUGCUCUACGUCCUGUGGAAAAAUGUUGGACGCAGAGUUGACAGCCAUCAGCAUCGGAAGAUGCAGUUCAAGUUUCAUGGGGUCGUGGUGGGCUCAGUCCUGGGCCUGGCUGUGCUGGCUGCCACCAUUGGGGUCGUGGUGGUAUAUCUGAUUCAGAUCGGGCGCUCCAAACCCAAGAGUGAGUUGGCACUCACCAUGUUCUACCUGUAUGCCAUCACCUUGCUGACGUUCAUGGGGGCUGCAGGGCUGGUUGGAAUCCGGAUUUACAGGAUAGAUGAGAAAUCAUUGGAUGAGUCCAAAAAUCCCGCCCGCAAGCUGGAUGCGGACCUCUUGGUGGGCACUGCCUCUGGCUCCUGGCUCAUCUCCUGGGGCUCCAUCCUGGCCAUCCUCUGUGCCGAAGCCUGCCCCCCCUACACCUGGUACAACCUGCCCUACUCCAUCCUGGUGAUUGUUGAGAAAUACAUCCAGAAUCUCUUCAUCAUCGAGUCUACUCACCGAGAGCCAGAGAGGCUCUCUGAGGACAUCAGAGCCCUGCGUGUGGUCACAGUCUGCAAUGGUAAUGCCACAUCCCUCACUUCUUCCUGCCUCAAGAGCGGAGCUGUGGCCAGGGAUGUGGCCCUCCAGGGCAGUGAGAUGCCUCCUGCAGCCAAUGGUAAUAUGCCUCUGAGGGAAGGCUGUGGCAAAGAGGGCAAGGAGAGGAUCAGGAAAGGAGCCCGGGGCCUGGUCUGCUGCCCCCAUUUCUUGCAAGGCAAUGCCAAGAGACGAGUCCUGAGGAAUAUUGCAGCCUUUUUGUUCCUCUGCAACAUUUCGCUCUGGAUCCCUCCCGCCUUCGGCUGCCGCCCCGAGUACGACAACGGAUUGGAGGAGAUUGUCUUUGGCUUUGAGCCCUGGAUAAUUGUGGUCAACCUGGCCAUGCCCUUUUCUAUUUUCUACCGGAUGCACGCAGCUGCGUCGCUCUUUGAGGUCUAUUGUAAGAUAUAGUCCGGGUCCGCAUGAAAGACCGAACAGCGAGCUAACAAGAGGGUUCACUGCAGCCACCUGGGAAUGGUUGGCUUGGGCAAAUACUGCCUUAUAAAUGCGAGAAAGGCCGCCUUUGUCCGUGGUCACUGUGGUUGUCACUGUGAGCGGGAAGUGUCCAUCUCCCUGGAUGAAUGUAAACAAGUUAGAUCAAACUCGGUGAGGCUGCUGAAAUCUGUGCUUGGUUUGUUAAUUCUGAGCAAACCCUGAUCAUUUUAUCUCCUUCUGUUUUAGAAGAAUGUGAUCCCAGGUUGGAAAACAAAACCCUGUUCAGGUUGUUUUUCAUAAGAAUCAGUUUCUGUUACCGUGUUUCUAUGUACUACUUUUUUCUGACCACAUGUAGUGUAAUUACCCUUAAAAUUUAUUCUUCCCAGAGCUGGGAAACGUAGAUACAGUCGCAUUUAUUGUAUGUUGCACUCUCUGAAUAUGUUUAAUUUUUGGAACAAAGUUAUUUUUAGCAUCUGGAUGCAAAUCUACGUAGAGAGCAGUAGGAAGACAUAUUUCUUACCUGAAAUUUUGACAUGUUUGUUUCUAAUGAUUUUGAAGUGUUUUUUAAAAAUAAAGUUUACUGUUCUCUCUCUGACUAUACACACAUACAUGUUGAUUGUAGAGAAUUUGGACAUUUCAAAAGAGUACAGAGAAAAAAAAUCACCCAGGAUGCCAUUGUUCAAUUGACAACCACUUUUACCAUCUUUUGGUGUAUUAUUUUAGUCAUGUGUAUGCACAGGGUUCUUUUUAUUCUUGCCAGUGAUGAUGCCACAUAUUCAACUUUGUAUCCAUUCUCUUUAACAGUAUGGUAUAAACCUUUCCCCUAUACUGUUAUAAACUCUUUGUAAAUAUUUUAAUACUGUUUUAUAGUCUAUCAAGUGAAUGCACCAUAAUUAACUUGGUUUCCUAUUGCUGGUUUUAGAGUAUUUAAGCUUUUUGUUUUCAUAAAUGACUCUGCAAAAAUCAACUAUAUUUGUGAAGCAUUUCCUAUAUUUAGCACUGUUUCUUUAAGAUACAUACUUAAAAUCAGGAUGCCCCUUCCAAAGGUUGUACGUGUUUUAAAGCUCUUAGGAAUAUUGACA